CCAACGGGUGUGAUGAAACAAAGAAACGAAAAAACAAAAGUAAAGGAUGUAACUGUAAUUUUACUGACAAAAACGAAGAAGCUAUAAAUGUGUCUGGUUCGUGUAAUAAAGAAAAGGAAUAAGACCCUAAUAAAGAGAAGGGAUUGUGUCUCCUUCUCGACUUCUUCUCCUCCUCAUCUCAACCUUUUUUCUCUUCUCUUCUUCGCUAACGCCAGGAGAGAGAGAGAGAGAGAGCUCAAAGCCGAUCCCUCUCCGAAUCUCGGACUCAGCGAUUCAUCGUCGCUGAAAAAGCUUCUUCUACCUUCGCUUCCUUUCUUCGUUUUUGUUGGAGAUUCGAUUCGAUCUCGGCUGUUUAGAUCGAGGUAUGCAGCAAGGCGAUCAGACGGUGCUGAGCUUGAGACCUGGUGGCGGUCGAGGAAACAGACUCUUUGGUUCCUCUUCUUCUUCUUCGUCUCUCUCUUUUGGCUCUCUUUCCUCUUCGGAUCUACCUCUCCUUCGCCCCCAUGGCGGUGCUCCUGUUUCCUCUUUUCCCUUCAAGGGUGCAGACUCACGGUUCGAUGGCCGUGAACGUGUGAAGUACACCCGUGAUCAGCUCCUGGAACUUAAAGAGACCGCUCAACUCUCUGAGGAAAUUCUGAAAGUCAAGCGGGAAACUGAAGUAGAACUGUUUGGUGAGGAAGAGACUUGGGCACGUGGGGAAAGUGUCGCUCCGGUUCAGCCUGCAGGUCGCUUCGCUGAGCCAGACACUCGUGAUUGGCGCAGCCGUUCUGCUGCUCAAGCUCCACCCUCUGGGGAGGACAGGUCAUGGGAAAAUCUCCGUGAGUCUAGAGAUUCCAAAGCAAGCCAAUAUAAUCGUCAAGACCUGCCUAAUUCCCAGUUUUCGAGGUCACAAAUAUCAUCCAACCAAGGGGGUGGACCAGCUCCUGCCCUUGUCAAAGCUGAAGUACCUUGGUCAGCUAGAAGAGGAAACCUUUCCGAAAAUGAUCGUGUUCUGAAGACUGUGAAAGGGAUACUGAACAAGCUUACCCCUGAGAAGUAUGAUCUUCUUAAGGGACAGCUCAUUGACUCUGGCAUCACAUCUGCUGAUAUCCUUAAGGGUGUGAUAACCCUUAUUUUUGACAAAGCUGUCCUUGAGCCGACGUUUUGCCCUAUGUAUGCUGAAUUGUGCUCUGAUAUCAACGACAAGCUGCCCACUUUCCCACCUGAAGCGCCUGGGGAGAAAGAGAUCACAUUUAAGAGGGUUCUGCUGAAUAUCUGUCAAGAGGCCUUUGAAGGCGCUGCCAAUUUGAGGGAGGAGCUUAGACAGAUGAGUGCUCCAGAUCAGGAGGCUGACCGUAGGGACAAAGAAAAGUUGUUGAAGCUCAAGACUCUAGGGAAUAUUCGUCUGAUCGGUGAGCUCCUAAAGCAGAAGAUGGUUCCAGAGAAGAUUGUUCAUCACAUCGUUCAGGAGCUUCUGGGGGCCGAUGAGAAAGCGUGUCCAGCAGAGGAAAAUGUUGAAGCUAUAUGUCAUUUCUUCAAAACUAUUGGCAAACAGCUUGACGGAAAUAUGAAGUCAAAACGGAUCAAUGAUGCAUAUUUCAGACGCCUACAGGAUCUGUCCAAGAAUCCUCAGUUGGAACUGCGUCUGAGGUUCAUGGUUCAGAAUAUCAUCGACUUGCGCUCCAAUGGCUGGGUUCCCAGGCGGGAAGAGAUGAAAGCAAAGACUAUAACCGAAAUCCAUUCGGACGCAGAGAAGAACCUUGGUCUCCGACCAGGUGCCACUGCAAACAUGAGAAAGGGUAUUGCUUCUAGUAGUGGACCUGUGAGUCCUGGCCCUAUCUACCCUGGUGGGCGACCUGGUGCAGGUGGCUUGAUGCCUGGUAUGCCUGGGACGCGAAGGAUGCCUGGUAUGCCUGGUGCGGACAAUGAUAACUGGGAGGUACCGAGGUCAAGAUCAAUGUCUAGACGCGAUGGUCCAGGACCUGUGCAUUCUCCGGCAAUGAGCAAGUCGACCUCAAUGAACUCCAAGUUCUUACCUCAAGGCAGCAGCGGUUUUAUGGGUGGUAAGACGAGCGCUCUGUUGCAGGGUAGCGGUUCAGCGUCGCGCCCGCUUACACCGCCAGCUCAGCCGGCUGCACCUCGGACCGUACCUGUUCCGGUGGAGAAACCACAGCCUAGUGCUCCGAAGUUGAGCCAAGAAGUGCUCCAGAGGAAAACAAAGUCGCUUCUGGAGGAAUAUUUCAGUGUCCGACUUGUUGACGAAGCUCUGCAGUGUUUGGUGGAGCUUGGGUCGCCUUCAUAUCAUGCAGAGUUUGUGAAGGAAGCAGUUUCUCUGUCCCUUGAGAAAAGCCCGCCUGUUGUUGCGCCAAUCGCUGAACUCUUGGAGUAUUUGUUGUCAAAGAAGGUGGUCACACCCAAGGAUCUUGAAACUGGGUUCUUGGAGUACGGUGCUAUGCUUGAUGACAUUGGAAUCGAUCUUCCUAAAGCACCGAACAACUUUGGUGAGAUUGUUGGAAGGCUGAUUCUGGCUGGUGUUGUGGAUUUCAAAUUGGUUAGAGAAGUCCUUGGAAAAAUGGAGGAUGAUAGGUUCCAGAAGGCGGUGAUCGAUGCAGCUGUACGCAUCUUGGAGUCAAGCGAAAAGGGGAAGCCCAUUUUGGCCUCACAGGCUGCAGACGUCGAGGCUUGUCGGAAUCUGUAGAGGAACCAAAUGCUUUACGGUUUUGCUCUCCGAGUCAAGGCUUGUGCGAUGAAUGUUGUGUUGUAAGCUUGAGGGAGAAGGAGAAAGGGACUCUCAGAACUCAAAGAUAGUUUCCAACAAGAAAACUUGAGGGGGGGGGGGGGGGUUUCUCUUCUUAAUGCUCCUUCAUUGUGACAUUAUUGGGAAUGUGUUCAUUUCCUUUCUUUCUUUUUGUAUUCUUCUGUGACUUUUUUUUUUUUUCAUUUUUGACCUUUGCAUUUUUGUUUUACGGUCUCAGAUACUUGAUUCAGUUGAUUGUUGUUCAGACUUGAGACCCCUAUAAACUGGUCGGUUCAGAUAUUUACAUUGGAAAUGUUAUUGUAUUUCUAAUUUUAUCCAUACGGUUGAU